AUGCGCGUGUGGUGCGCGCUUGUACUGCUUAUCAACGCAGUCGACGCGCAAUUCGGCUUGUUCGGUGGUGGCGAAACGCAUCAGCCCUCAUCGCAAAUCGCAGCUUUGGGCGAUCAGUUUGGCGUUCGCGAUGCGCUUGGAGCUUGGAGCAGAGUUUUGCGAAACAUGGCUACUCGACCGCAGUCGAAGAGGAUUAUUCCACCGGACCCACGCGAAUUUACUAUCGCUCCUAGCGUUAAACAAGAGGAUUUGAAGAAAAUUCUCCGAGAGAAAAAGGAUGGAGAUAACAUUAUUAACGAGCGACUGCUUUAUUUACUUCUCCCAAGAAUAAAGGGCCAAUCACCUUUUACGACAACUACGCUUCCAACAACAACAACCACUACAACGACGACAACUACUACUACAACUACGACUACAUCGACCGCUGCUCCCACUACCGUACCCACUACAGUAACCUCGACUACCACACCAAUUCCCACAACCGAAACGACUACUGUAGCUUCUACUACAGUAUCCCCAUCUACAACGACAGAGGAGCCUACCACUGAGAAGAGAACCAGAAAACAGCAUAAAAAGGCUAAAUGGUCUGAAGAAGAUUCCAAAGAGUUCCACUUGGAUAGUUCAGAACUGGCGAUCCUUGAAAGAGAAUACCUGAGAAAAUUGGCUCAGCUAAAGGCUGAGAGGAAAGUGCGAGAGAGUAAACAUCAUGAAGAGUUCUCAAAUGAUGACGACAGACAAGAAGAGGAUGAGGAAAGCGAGAAGACAGUAGAGGAAACUACGACAUUCUCAUACUCAACGAUUUCUACCACACCAUACGUGAAGGAUAGUCAGCAGUUUACGGUGGUCUUCAACCCCGCUUCAACGGAGGCCUUUGAGGAUUCAACAACACCCACACCGUCAACAUCAGAUGAUUCUCUUGAUGACAAAGCAAAUUUAGAAUCACAAGUGUUAUCGAUUCUCAACGACACUGUCAAAGAACACGAAAGAAAUUGGGAUAAAAUAGCAGAGGCAAAGAAAUCCAUGGAAAAGAUUGUUAAGGAACGUGGCAUAGUAGUAGAAACUACAUCGAAAAAGGUCGCAACUUCACAAGAAGAUGAUGAGACGACGCUUGAAAAUGGAAGCAUAAACUCUGUAGAAGCUGUUGCAGAAGCAGCGCUUCGAAAUGCGCUGAAGGAAAAGGACGAUAAAACCGAAGAAUUCGUGGAGCAUUCAAAAGCCUUUGCAGCCACCCUACUUGAUGGUGAAAAGAACUCAUCAGAUGAUGAAACUGACUCAGAUCCUGAAAUUACAACUCCUUCUACCACAACUGAAACCACCAGCGCAACUACUGAAGAAAGUUCAGCAAUUAGUGAGGAAAACGAAGAAACCACAACAGAAGCGCUCGAGACCACCACUCGCAUCGAGACUCCGCAGGUGCCUGUGCUGCCACCACCCAGCAUUCUCAGUACUGACGAAGCUGCUGAAGUCAGCGAGGUGCUGUCAUUGAUCGAAGCAGAUGAACGAGCUGAAAACGCUGAUGGUGGGCCAAGUUCCGAUGAAAUCAGACGUCUUCGCGAACAUACGCGCGCGAAAAUCAUGUCGUUCCUGCAACGAAGAGUUGAGAAGCUGACGGCUGAAUUGGACAAAACGACGGAAAGCCGGACGACGACGUCUACUACAGUACUUCCUACAACAGAAGUCACAGAAGCGACGACAUCGACUACAGUAUCCUCGGCGACGGAAGAAGUGACUGAACCUGCUACUACUCCUACUACAUCUACUACUACUGUGAUCGAUACAACUGAACAAACGACGGAGAAAAGCACAGAAUCAAAAGAAGACUCUACAUCAACCACGAAGAUUACUACUUCUAGCGCUAAAACGACAAAUACUACUGAAGGAGAAUCUGAAGAAGUUGCUAUGGUAGCAUUCAAACAAAUUCCCGAAGCUGAGGAGGAGGAUCCUAAUGCACAAGACGAACCUGAAACCACUACGGCAACAACUGCAGUGCCGAAAAGUGGGACCACGGUCUAUAAUUUACAUGCCACAGCCAAUGCUCAAGCCGAUCCGAAGCUAGCCAAUGUUAUAACUCCAAUUGCUGGAAUUCUCGAUAACAUAGGUCCCAUCAUUGCGCCACUGAUACGAUCACGACUUGCGGCUGCAAAAUCAGCCGGUGUACGGACAUAUGAGCCCAGCGGAAGAGAUCUGCUUGCACACUCGCCAAGCGAAAACUCGAUAAUUGGCUAUGGCACACAACUCGCAAGGGAAAUUCUAAACCCUGGAUCACUGCGACGAGACAGAGAGGAAGACCAAAAAGCCUUCGCAGCUAAAAUAGAGCAAGUGAAGGAGACACUAAAAUACCAGUCCAGCAUGGAAAACUAUGGCAAUGCCGUGCCACUUCACGAGAUUAUCCUUCCUCCAUCACAACACUUGACUGUACCGACACCGAAACCAAGUUACCCACAAGCUUUCACGAGAGUAGCUUCCAUACCCUUAGCUCAACAAGCAGCUGAAGCUGCCAUGAAUUCACAGACGACGUUACCAACUCCGCAAAUAACUCUACCUCCUUACUUCAUUGCACCACCUCCUGGGUAUAAGGGACCGCUUCCACCCCCACCUCCACCGCCACCUUUGAUUGCUGGUAGAAUCCAAGGAGCACCCUUAGUGAACAGCGCAGUGCAACCGUUCAAGGUGGACAGUUCAUCACCUCAGACCGCUAAUACGCCUUAUUACCCUCCCACCAUCAAUGCAGAGACUCUAGCUCCGGUUAUCAUCUCACCCACGACGUCUACCCAACCUCCUUCAACUACGAAGCAAGCGCUACCACAAGGACCUGACAAAACCGGUUAUGAAAGGGGUCGAUCGGAGGUUAAGACGUCGUUCUUCGAGGAUUCUGGUCUAAUGGUACAAGCACUUCCAUCUUCACCUGUAAAUCCACCAUCGAGUUUUGGUCCACCUGGAGGCGGGGGAGCAGGAUUUGGAGGCGGACGUCGUCCAACGGAAUCAUUCGAGGAAGCUGCAUCAGCGACGAACGACAACCUCUCGUUUUUCAGUAUGAAUAAGAAGAGGCGAAUGAGGAAGCAUUAAGAUUAC